GGCAGGAACCCUAGAUAUAUUUUGCUUGGUCCAAUUAAUGAUGAUCAUCUUUACAUUAUGCUUAACUAAUGCAAGACUACGGGAAAGAAUUGGCCUCCGGCUGGUAGCGCUGGUUUAGAAACCAGACUGUUCAGGUCAAGGAUUGAAUUCUGGCCACCCUUGUAAAGCGAUAAACUUGUUGCUAGAGGGUGUUAUAAAAGCCGCUGCUGGACUUAGUAUCUCAGUUCUGUUCUGUCCGACUCAUUUUAAUUUACAAUGCACGUGACAGACUACGAUGACUUUAUCAAAUUUAUGGGAGAAUGGGGACCUUUCCAAAAACUGAUCACGUUACUCCUCUGUUUGAGCGUAAUUCCCAACGGAUUGACAGGUUUGUCUAUGGUAUUCAUCGCCGACACGCCACCGCACCACUGCGUAAUACCCUCAAACGCCAAUAUUAGCGCCGAAUGGAGAAACCAUUCUAUUCCGCUGGAAGAUGCAAAUGGGGUGAUGCGCUAUAGCAAAUGCACCCGAUACAAACUGGACGUAAUAAAACUUCUUUCAGACAAUGGAUACGUACCUGGAGUAGACGUGAACAUUACAGAACUAGAACAAGAAAGUUGUAAGGAUGGUUGGGAAUACGACAGAGAAAUGUAUAUUUCAACUAUCGUGUCCGAGUGGGAUCUGGUGUGUAAUGAUGCGUGGAAGGUCCCCAUGACCAGCUCCAUGUAUUUCUUUGGAGUGUUAACUGGAUCCUUCCUUUCUGGACAACUGUCUGACAGGUUUGGGAGGAAAAUCGUUCUGUUUGCAACAAUGGGGGUUCAGACAGCGUUCACGUUCUUCCAGAUUUUCUCCACGUCCUGGCUUAUGUUCUCCGCGCUUUUCUUUGUCGUUGGUUUAGGACUAAUUUCUAACUACGUCGCAGCGUUUGUGCUAGGAACAGAAAUUUUGAGUGCACGCAUUCGGGUCAUAUUCUCCACUGCGGGAGUGUGCAUCUUUUUUGCCUUCGGCUACAUGAUGCUUCCCCUGAUGGCCUUCUUCAUCAGAGACUGGAGAAUGCUGGUGGUCGCCAUAGCGGUCCCAGGAGUUUUCUUUUUCCCCGUUUGGAGGUUAGUCCCGGAGUCCCCCCGGUGGCUUCUCUCUCAGGGCCGGGUGGAGGAGGCAGAGGCCAUUUUGAGAGGUGCUGCCCGGAAGAAUGGAAUCACAGCCCCGGAGGUCAUCUUUGCACCUCUCCAGGUAGAAAACGAUAUGGAAAAAUUUAAACGCCACACCAUCUGUGAUCUUGUGAAGUCCAACAACAUCCGCUGGAUCACAAUCAUGCUGAGCUCCGUGUGGGUGAUCAUCUCAAUCGGGUACUUUGCCGUAUCAUUGAACACCUCCAAUUUGUAUGGGGAUCGCUAUCUGAACUGUUUCCUCUCGGCGGCUGUUGAAGUCCCAGCCUACAUGUUGUCAUGGGCCCUAUUUCGCUCUUGCUCAAGGCGGUUGUGUCUCUUUGCCAUGCUGUUUAUCGGUGGAGCUGUACUACUAUUAGCUCAGCUCAUACCAAGAGAUUUAAGUUCAUUAUCUACUGCUCUGGAGAUGGUGGGAAAAUUUGGGAUCACAGUGGCUUUCACUAUCGUGUAUGCCUUCUCGGUGGAGCUGUACCCCACAGUCCUGAGGAACACCGCCGUGUGCGCCUGCUCCAUGGCGGCUCGGCUGGGGAGCAUUGCUGCACCCUACUUUGUCUAUCUGGGAACCUAUUACAAGUCCUUGCCAUACUUGUUAAUGGGGAGCCUCAGUAUUUUGGGGGCGUUGAUUAGCAUCCUGCUUCCUGAGACCCAUGGUUUACCUCUUCCUGAGACCAUCAAUCACAUGCAGUCUAUUCAAAGGUGUAAAAAGAGGCAAACAUCAAAUAAUGUUACCAGAGAUACUGCAGCAGAGCAGAAUGCUUCAAUGUUGUAAUGACUGGAUUACAUUAAGAUACUGGAUAUUAGGUUAUACAAAGAUUUAGAUAUUACUUCACAGGCAAGCAAUCUGUGCACCAGUUUUAUUGGUAAUAAUUGUACACUGUCCUGGUAUGCUUUUAUAAUAUUGUUUAUUAAGCUGUGGUCGGUGCUGAGUGCAUUAUGGUGUUUAUUGCAUGGGUUUUAUUAAACAAGGGUUAUCGUUGUUCUUGUAUAAAAUGCAAGAGGGAUGUGUACACCCACACUGUUGCUGAAAUUAGUAUAAUCCAAUAAACAUUAACAAAAAAACA